UAUUGAAUGUAAAAAGAAGCGUAGAAUUCAGAACUUCAUACUUUGCUUAGUAUGGAGUUCAUAACUUCGUACCUAAACCCCUCAUGAAUGAAUGGUUACUUUUGACAAAGAAAAGAAAAAGCAUUUCUAAAGACAGAAAGUUUUAACCAACAGUAAUGGUCGAGCUCCAACUGCCACAAUUAUUGAAUGUAAAAAGAAAUUUCACAAUCAAAUCGCGUGUAGUAUAGUCCUAAAUCAGCACUAUAUAUCUCAAAAAUCAGAAUGGGAGUAGCAACGAACUAGCAAGCCAGUGCAAUUCCCAAAAUUCUAGGGUUUACAGAAAUGUCAAAAGAAUCGAUUGAGAUGUGCGAAGAAUUACCAGUAAUGGACAUGAAUUGUUGCGAGCAUCUGAGCGAAUCGAGUCGAUUGAGUCUGUACAAGGCGUGUAACGAAUGGGGACAUUUCUACAUCAAAAACCAUGGCGUUUCCAAGGAGCUGUACUGGAAACUCAGAGCCGUUACCGACGAACUGUUGACGGCGGUGCCGGAAGAGGCAAAGGAAAGGAAAUUGAAAGUAGGAGUUUCUUGGUACACUCCUAGAUUUAAAUUGUCGCCUUACGCUGAAAGCUUCAAGUUUUUGGGACCGAUUUUUUCAGAUUCUGCCUCCGAUUUAGGGUUUACGGAACAAGUCUUCGGCCACCGCGUCACUCAAUUCAGGAAUCUACUUGAUGAAUAUGGAAGUAUAAUGAUAGAACUAUCAAGAAGAAUAAUGAAGCUAUUACUAAAGAUGAUGGGAGAUAGUUUCGAGGACAAAUUUUACGAAUCUGAAUUCAGUAACUGCAAUGGCUACAUAAGAAUAAACAGGUACGCACCUCGAAACUCCAAUGAAGAAAUCGAAGCGUUUGGAAAGCACACAGACAUUAGUUGCGUGACGAUAUUAUUCCAAGACGAGAUCGGAGGUAUUCAAAUGAAAUCGAAACAAGGAGAUGAGUGGGUCGAUGUAAGACCUCUAGAGGAUGCCCUUUUGGUGAACAUUGGGGAUUUUUUACAAGCUUGGAGUAAUGAGAGGCUUAGAUCAACAGAACAUAGAGUUGUUUUGAAACAAAAUGCGGAGAGAUUCACUUUGGGUUUCUUUUUGGUAUUUGGGGACGAUGAUAGGGAACUAUAUGCCCCAAGUGAAGUUGUUGGGGAAGGAAAUAGAAGAGUUUAUAAGCCAUUUUCUACCAAAGAAUAUAGGGCAUUUAGGGAAAAUAAUUAUGGGAAAGUUGUUGGAGUACCGAUGAGAGAAUUUGCUGGAAUUGAUUUAGAGUGAAGUGGUGAAACAUCGAUAUUACAAAUGAAAAAAUAGUAUCAUUUGAGAGGUGUUCGUGGCUCGUACGGGCCAUUCUCCUAUGUUAUAAAAAUAUAUACUUUAGUUUUGAAA